AUGAACUGCGAAGACGAAAAGGAAAAAAGUAACAAUUCUUUGACGCCUUACACGGGCGAAAAGACGAGCAAAAAAAAAGAACUUCCCCUUUUCAACGCAUUUGAUGACUUCAAAAUUGAUUAUUCCUUCCACAAACAAAAAAAGUCUUGUUCUGGUGUAAUAAAAAACUCAUUAAAUGAUGGGAAUGAUAGCAGCUCUGAUGAUAACAAAGACGAUUUAAAAAAGUUGAUUCAAAUUAUAAACCAUAACUAUAUCGAUAAACAUUUUUAUUUUAAAAAAUUAAGCAUUCAUGAUUUGUACAAAAUAUUUGUCUACUCAAAUUUUUUAACAAAGUCAUUAAUUUUAUAUCCUUCUUUGAUUCCUCAUUUUGAACGCAUUAUAGAGAAAUUGAAAAAAAUAAAACACGAACCUACCUUACCAGGAGUCGAGGAUGACCAUUUUGUGUUUCCUCCCCUCGACUUACCCCCCAACGAGGGUCAUCGGCUGCAGGCCAGCAGCUUCAUUCAGAGUGCGGCCUUAAGCAGUGGCCUAGUUAAAAAUGAAACAAAUACGACCCAAGAUGCUACACAGAACGCAGAAAAGAAAGCCUUUCUUCUGAACGUCGGCAAGGACUCCAAGUCAAGGAAUAGUUUUAUAUCUACUGAAUUAGACGAAGAAGAAAACGACAUUGGGCAAGGCGAGAAUGCACGAGGAAGACACCCAUAUGGCACAAGAUAUAACCAUCUGACAAACACAAACUGUGACAAAAUAAACAGUGGAUCCUUCUCCGAGGUUCAAAAUAAAGAUAAAAUUUCCAAUUGUAAUUACAACAGACAAGCAACAGAACAAAAGAAAAACUCAGACUUAUUUCCAUAUGAAGGACCAUCCAAUUAUGCACCUGCAAAUGUAGGGAUAAAAAAUGCUCCUCUGAACUCUACAGUGAAUGUGAAGAGCCCAUGUGCUGUCCAUAAUAGCCACACGAAGAAUGCCACCUCUGAGUACGAUCGGGGUAAUGGGAAUAAUGGCAUAAGUAGAGACAAUCCUAGCGUAUCCAUCCCAUCAGUGGACAAGAAUGUUCGUGUUUAUAAAAACAUAAAUGAGUAUGACAUAAUCGAGCUCAAAAUAAGCGCUUCUUUUAACAACAAAUAUAUAUGCCGAUAUAUAGGCAUCCACAGCGGAAUGACGUUAUACAACAUACACCGAUGCAUCUGCAUAUGCUUGGGAGUCAAAAAGGAAGACACGGACAACUACUUGCACGUUUUUAUAUUAAACAAUGGAAACAUUUAUGGGAGCGGCAAAAAAUGCAGCGUUAGUAUCAUCAGGAAAAUUCAAAUAAACACAGAUCGACACAUUACCUUCAAGCACAUAGUCAAGACACCGCUGUAUCUCUACAAGGCAAAGGACGCAAGUAAAAAUAACUUCAGCAACGAUUUUCCCGUCAACUGCACAAACACAUUCGAUGACAAGGCCUGUCCAAAUGGGGAAAGUCAAUACGGCGCAGAGAGCAAUCCUAACGAGGUGAUACACAGCGAAAAUGAGAGCACUCAAAAUAGUGGCGGCCCGAGCGAGAACAACCCCCAUGAGAACAGCCCAAGUAGUAGUGACCACCGUAUCGCUGACGCCAACCUAUACAACCCAGACCCCCACAGCAGAAACGUACACGCCAAUGUCAACGUAAUGGAUAUUUCAAACUUUGGGGAGUCCAGCAAUGGCCACACAUUUGUAGCAUCAAAUACCAUGCCUAACUAUGAUAUGCUGAACAGCAUGGACAGUGCAGGAGAGAUGAACCACUGCAAUGUUAGCAUACCCACAUUAAGUACCAUUGGUAAGGCAAACAAAUUUUCCAAUUUAACCAACUCGUCUAGCACCUUCUACACUCAUGUGGAUAGCAACAUGCCUCACAACCAUACCAAUAAUAUAAGCAAUAAUGGAAGGAGUAUCUACGGGGAAAGUCUCAACAGAGGCACAUGCAACAGGAUCAUGCGCUGUAGCAACAGUAGCCAAUUAAGUGCGGGUGUUGUGGGGGAAUAUCUGCGUAACAGCGGAGGUGCCAACAUAAAUAGUGGCCAUGCGAACGGUGGUAUGGCAAAUCGCAACUGCUCCUACGACGCAAGCGAAAGCAAUAUCAACUUAAGCAACUUCCCCAUUCAGAGCAAAAAUAUGAAAACGAACGAAGUCUCAAAUAAUGCCCACUUGAACGAAAACCAUUCCGACGUGGAACUACAAAACGAUAGCCACAAAGUAGGCGACAAUAACGACUGCGAUGUGAAGGGUCCAUCUUCGAGUGAGAACUACGCACGAGAGGAUGAUCAAGAAAUGGAGGACGCCACUGCUGAAGAUGAUUACAAAAGGGAAAAAUACAAAAAGGGAGAAUGUCACAAAAAUGGGCAUGAUCAAAAUGGAAGCCGUGCCAACCGCAAACACGAUAUCCCUUUACGCAGUACCGAAUCCACCUAUGCAGACGCGACCCAUGCGGACGAGCACCCCCUAAACAAGCUAUGCGAUGAAGCACAAAAAGUAGUAUCACCAAACACCCGUAGAGACACUUGUUACCUUUACAUGAAUAGUCAGGAAGAAAAUCACAGCUGUACGCUUAACACAAUGUCGAGUGAUAGCAGCCCCUACAAGCACGCUAUGUCUGCCAUCUCGCCUACAACAAGUCAUCACCCUUUCGAUCACCCUUUGCACGCCCGCAAUAAUUACACAUUCAGCGCACAACAGAAUGAUACACACAGCUACCACCCUAAUGGAAUGAACACAUCUGAACAACAUGAAUUCGCAAAUGAGGAACUGCAGUCCAAUUAUCCCUAUCCUAUAAAUCUGUCUCCCCAGUUUAACCCCCAUAUCAAGUUCAAUCACGCACUUAGCAUGCACAAUGUAGAUGAAAAAAAUGGGGCACAAAGUGGACAAAUCAUGGACGAUGCAGAUUACCCAACAAUUGAUAGUAACUGCCAAGAUGAUGGCUCGUCGAACCCUUUUUUAUUUCCCACGAGUACUUUCCCCAACUAUCCCUACAACCUAAACGGGAUAAAUACCACAAAUUAUUUUCUUCACAAAAACGGAAACAACCUCACUCUUCAUGAUGAGAAUGCGCCAAACGCCCACAUCUACAAUGAUCCCAUGCACAAUCAGGAGAACCACAUAGAGUAUCAAAAUGUUAUGAACAAUACUUUUCAUGAGAGAGACUUCUCAAAUUUUAGCAACCCUAAUUGGUGUAUCCCAUAUGAUCAUUUUCCUCAAUCAAAUAAUGCCACUUAUGCAAAUGGAUCAACAGCUAGCUCCUACAUGGACAACUCAUUUGCAGCUUCUCCGCUUGAUAACACUUUCAAUCCCCAGCAGACAGACCACUACUGGAAUGAUGCGAAAUGCGAACAAGGUGAUUCAUCUAAGAGCUGCAAAAAUAAAGACCACUCAGAAAUAUCGGAACCAAUAAAACAUAACGACGUUGAUGAAUCUGCUGCUUCCACACAAGCAGAGGAUAACGCCAUGAGAAACAUAGUACCAAAUAGCGGUAGAGCUAUAACUAAUAAUUAUCCCCCCUGGGGCAAUUACAAUUCCACAUCUAUAACGCAUGUAACAACCCAUUUGAACAGCAAAAUGGAGAGUCAAGAGAAUCAUACUGAGAUGCCAAAAGAAACAACUGCAGACGUGGGGAAAGAACAACCUCAAAAUGAUGUUCAGCCGGACGCCGUGCAACGUCACCCAAGUGGCAGAACCGAUCAGGAAGGCGAACCAAAUGGAACAAACGAAAGUGCCACUAAUAAUUGCAUAAACAGGGAAGAUGAACCUACAGAAAAACACCCUUUGGAAGAUGACAAAAUUUACAAAGGCGUACAGUGUGGAAGCAUCCCCACAUGUAGUAAAAACGAGAAUGAAGCCCAACCGCGUAAGGACGAAAUGAAUCACACAGAAAAAGUCGCAUCGAACCACGCAUCAUGCCAUAAUGACGCAGCAGAAGUAGAAAAAAGCAAAAUAAAAGAGCAAACCCAAAAAAUGAAGGAUAGUCCCCCUGUGGAAGAAACAACGAACGGAGAUAUGCAGAAAGGGAGUGAAGCCUCCAAAGAAAUUAUCAAUAGCGAAGAAGAAGCAAGUGAUUGUAUCAACAGCGACCAUAUGGGUGACAGAAAAACAUGCGGCAUUCUCAGUACUCACAGCAUGGAUGAUGAACAUGCCACGGAGGGGGGAGGAUGCAACCCUGUAUCUUGCAACUCCGUAUGUGAGCAGAAAUUGGGAGAUGGUACGCACGCCCAAGAGAUCAACCAGGACAUUAACACGAAAGAGAAUAAUCCCCAAAUGGAAAAUGCACACAUCUCCAACAUUUCAAACACAUGCCAUGAUGAUAAGAAUAGCACCUCCGUUAGAACAGAACAAAACGGAAUCUCCAACUUUUGCAACACUUUUAACGAUACAGAAAAUGGAAUGAAUGGACGUAAAUCACAUCAAGAGGUUGGGUGCAGCCAUACAGGAAAAUCCCACACGCAGAAAAAAGAGAGAAAGGAAGAGGAUUAUUCAUAUUCACAAAGUGGAGAGAAUACAUCACCGGAUACCCACCUUGUGUGUGAACAAAAUGGAAGCAGUGUCCGCCCCACGGAUGUAGUUCAAAGCGAAAGUAUAAAAAAUGGCUCCACAUAUGAACACACACAUGAGGGGAAAACAAACGUGCAAGGAAAAACGGAAGUGCUUCCAACAUCCGCUGAUAAUUCAACCAAGGAACUACACCGAUUUAGCAAGUUAAAUGGAGAUAAUGCCCCACCCACUGGAGAUGCAACAACCCCAAAGAGCGACACAGCGGAACCCAUUCUAGGUCGAGAAGAAAUGGAAACAAAGGAAAAACCAAAUAAUUCGACAAUGGACAAAAAGGAGAAUUACGAAAAAGAUAUAAAACAAGGAACUCAGAUAAUUCUCACAAAUGACAAUUUUAACGAAGACAAUGAAGGUAGCCAUUUUUUUACAUCUGAGCAAAGGGAAGGUAAUAUACCCCCAAAAGGCCUUACCGAAACGGAGCAACUCAUUCUAGAAUACCAUCCCCACUUAAAUGAAGAACUCAAUAGUGAGGAAGAUGCCCAAUCCUUCAAUGACCAAAAUACAUAUAUGCACCAUAUACAAAAAAUGGUUCUAAGGACUCCACACGAAAAUAGCAGUGGUGUUUCCUCCAACAUGCCCAGUGGACCCAUGCACACAAAUCAAAUUAGCGAAUUCGAAACAGAAGACAAGGACAAUUUGUGCCUCGAACAAAAUGCAAAAGGGGAUUGCAAACAGUGGGAACAGAAGUUAUAUCAAGAAUAUUUUUACACGAAUAGCCAAAUGAAUUAUAUAGAAGGAAACACCACCCCGUGUUCUAAUACCUCUCCAAGGACUGCAGGUAAGGUCAUCCCAAAGGAGUUCACCAAUAAUUUUCACAAGACGAACCUUUUUGCAGACUACAACCCGUAUAGCAAAUCCACCAACGCAAUGGUUAACAGAAAUGAACAUUCGCUCAACUUAGAAAAUAAAAAUAAUGCCUAUCAUAAGACGUCACUUUGUUUUAAAAAGGAUCUUUCAAAUACGACUUACAUGCAAGUGGAUAAUGAUAAUGGAGAAAACGAUUGUGGGAACCAUGACAAUAACCCCUACCACAUGACCAUGUUACCGAUGAAUGAUAAAAAUGGGACAGACUUCUUCACGCAGGGGAAGCAGUACGCGAAUAAUGGAAGUCUCCACACCACUUCAAACACGCUUAUGACCGUAGACACCGCAGUGGACACCACCGAUUAUAUGCAUAGCAUGAAGCAUAGCAGCCCGCACGGAAGUCUGCACAACACUGAGCAUGGUAGUCAGCAUGGCGAACAACAGGGGAACCAAGGGACCAACCAACGGAGCAAGCCCCUUAACACCAACCCAGUCGCAGAAGAAAACGCCACCUACUUCCCCCAUUUUAACACCCCCGAACGGGUCAACGAAAACUAUCCACACACUCUCUAUAACAUUAUGUCAAGUGAAAAGGCGAUACCGGAACAACCUCCAUUCUACGUUGACUCAAAUUGCCUAAACAAAGAAGCCGAUCAAACAAAGUUCACUUCCUCCCUGUGCGGCACACAUAAACCGAGUUAUCACCCACCCUACUCUCAAAAUGAUAACCCCAUAAACAGUUACAAUGACUACUCAUGCGAUGCAUCUACCUACAUGAUGAAUAACAACGCGAAUGAUUAUUCUAAUACGUUCAGAGUGGAUAGCCUCAGAAAUGCAAACAUGAAUGUCAUAAAGGAGGACACCUACUACGGUAGUGUGAACCAGGGGAUGUACCUAAACAUGAACGAGGUAGGGAUGCACAGCACACCGAUUGGCACCUUCAUGCAUGUGGACGAAAUGAGACAAAGAGGUUGCGCAACGACACACGAUAUGGCUUCUAAUCACUACGUCCAAAUUAUGCCUAAUGAGGAGGACAUCAAUUUGAAGCACCUGCCAGACGAUAACAUGACGAUUAGCGAAUGCAUAAAUUCUUCCUACGCGAAAGGAGGAAAUGAAAGGGACGUCGAGCCAAAGGAAAGAAGCAGUGAACAAGAGGAAGGGGACAGCGAACAAAGUGAAAAAACAUUCGAAGAAAACAAAUCGAGCUUUUCCAUGCUGUACCUCUUUGGAAAAGUAAAAUUCAAUAUUAGCAUCAUAGAUAUCAUACACAACAAAACAAAUUCGCAUGACCUUCUGUGGGUUCCCAGGUGCUGCAAUGGAAGCUACGGGACCUUCUUAAAAAAUAAUUACUUGAACGCAAAUGAAAUAGAUAAGCACGUCCCGGAAGAGCACAUUGAUAUCGACUGCAUAAAUCUCAAGCUCAUGGAAACCAGGUUCAGCAAAAAUGUGGCGAGCUCAAGAACCACCAAAAGGAAAAGGAUGAUUGACAUUGACAAAACUGUCCUCCAUUUCUACAAAGAACACAUUAGCGAAUUUUUCAACAAUAAAAAUAAAAUCAUUAAACUGACAAAAAAAUUGUGCAAGUAUAAAAAAAAACGAAAAUAUAAUAGCAGCGAUAAUGGCAAGUGUAACGGGAAGGCUACGUCCAAGAGCUACGGAAAGGGUGACGAGGAAAACAACGCACACCCAUACGAAAAGGGCAAAUGUGUGAACAGCAAGACGGCCAAUAAAACUAAAUAUAAGGGGAAGAAGAAUGUGAGCCGCCAGGAUUCCAUCGCCGAGGACACCAAGGGGGAUCCCAGCAUGGACGGUGAAAAUGGUGCUGAGCGCAGCGAGGAAAACGAUGCAACAUGUGACCACCAAAAUGACCCCCUCAAUGAGUCAGAUGCUUAUGCGCAAAGUUAUCCCCCAAACUACGUCGAUGAAACAGCGCACACGAACUAUUAUCACCAACUUAGGGAUCACAACAGAGACUACUACCACUACCACACGCGAAACCAACUCAGCGCAAACCAAAUGCAUGCAGCAAAUGCUGGAGAACACAACUACCUCAUUAACGAACACGUGAAUAGAAACGUCAACAAAAUGGCAAUACAGAAUGAGCUCCUCCAAAAUGAUCAAAUCUUUAAUGACCCUUUUGUUAAUAACAUGCUGAGUGAUAUGUCAACCCGAAACGUAAAUAAAAAUAAUUUUUACCCAAAUAUAAUGUAUCACCAAUUUAGUGAACACAACGACGUCCUCCCAACUGACCAUCAGUUUCACCAUGAGAUGGGGCCCUAUUCAAAUGUCCUUGAAGAAGGUUCCCCCAAUGGCGACACUCUCAACAGCCUUCCUCCAACCACCUACUAUAACCAACCGAUGAGUCAAUAUUUCAUGAACAAUAAUCCAAACGCCUUUAAAUCAAACUUUGCAAAUAAUGCGAAUACAAGAAAAGGAAAAAAUCAGAACAAAUCUCAAAUGAGUUCCUUCAACCCUAACGACGCAGAUACGAAAAGUGCUCUCCACUUGUCUCAGAUACUUGAAGGGAAUAAUAAUUUUAUUAAUAUUUCCAACACAUUUAUUAACACAAAUUUUGCUAAAGACCUUCACCAGACGAACGAUCUGUUGGUCAAUCAGAAUAACUUCGAUGUGAAUGUUAUGUCUGGCGGGUUAAAUGCGAACCACUUUACACAGUAG